AUGAUCCGAGGCAAGCUGUCUUGUACCAGCUGUAUGAUUCGGAGCAAGAAUCCAGCCUCUCUGCCCACCCCCCUGGCCUCCGCCUGCGCCCCAAGGUUAUGCCCCCUGUCGUUUGGCGAAGGAGUGGAGUUUGAUCCCUUACCACCAACGGAAGUAAGGUACACUUCCUCAGUCAAGUACGACUCGGACCGCCACUUCAUUGACGACGUCCGCCUGCCCCUGGGCCUUGCAGUGGCCUCCUGCAGCCAGACGGUCACCUGUAUCCCCAAUUGCACGUGGCGCAACUACAAGGCCGAGCUGCGCUUCGAGCCCCGCCACAAGCCCACCCGCUUCCUCAGCACCACCAUCGUCUACCCCAAGUACCCCAAGACCGUCUACACCACCACCCUGGAUUACAACUGCCGCAAGACGCUGAGGAGGUUCCUGUCCAGCGUGGAGCUCGAGGCCACCGAGUUCCUGGGCGGGGACUGCCUCUCGGAUGAGUGCUGACUGCAGGCCGGUGGGGCCCGGCCAGCGCCGCCCUGGGCCAGCUGGGCCACGCUGCCCUCCAGUGUCACUCAUGCCCCCAGGAGUUUAACCUAGAGGUGCCUCUAAGCCCAGCCUGGGGAAGAAAAACAUGUCACAGCGUCUUAUAAUAAUUGAGAGAAUUUGGUUUUAAAAAUGUUUUUAAAUAGUAUUGAAAAGGAGUGUAUUUCUAGUUUGCUGCUGCACAGUUUCCCCCAGAGUCUCAGUUUGAUGAGAAAAUAAAGAGACCACCAGAGCCAAAGGAAAAGGGGCACAAUCUGAAAUAGGGAGGGAGGGGAGCGCUUCUCGUCCAUCGGUCGGUCUGGCUGAGAAAGCGUGGAGAAAGUCUCGGGAAUGGAAAAAGUGAGUUUGGAGCGGUUCGGCCCCGGGUGUCCUCACUGCUGCGCGUGGUGCUAGUUCAUGGCUGUGAUACCCAUAUGGGCUCAAUCUGUGGAGAGCGGAGUCCAUUCCACUUUUUAUUUCCAUUUCCACUUCUAUUUCCUGCUAACCGAAACGCUUGGAAUUCUCUCAGUCUUUUCUGCAACAUCAAAAAACCCAAACCACAGAAUAAGAUGUUUUUUUAAAAAAAGAAAGGAAAGGUUCAUCCUGUUUUCACCUCUUCGGUUGGGUCAGGUCGACCGAUGGCCGGGGUUGGGAGCAAUGGCUUCGGUCCGGUUCCGCCCCCGCCGGUGGCUCCUGAGCUCAGGCCCUGGCAAAGCGCCUCGCACCCUUGGCAUCUGGUGACGUCUCCACGGGCUUGUGUAACUCUCCUGAUAUGUAUUUUGGGGUUUCCAAAUACUUUCCUGUUUUUUCAUAGAGAGGAACGGCAUUUUAAAAGAGGGCUUAGGAAAAAUGCUUUUGGGGAUCUCACGAGGGGGCUUCACUCACAGUGGGAACCAGUGGCCACACCCAGGGCCUGAAGCCAUCUGGGAGGAGACAAAUAGAGAUGUUUCUGGUGACCUGGCUCAUCAGGACGGGUGUCCUCUCCAGGAACCCUGGGUCAGCUGCUCCAGGACUCUGAUUGUGGCAGCAUCACAGAGAAGUUCUGCCAGGGCCUUAGGUCUAAGCCAGAAGCAAGGAAAUUGCUCCUGUCCCCCUCCCCCAGGUGCAAGAAGAGGCGGAGUCAAAGCAGGGACUGAUGUCACAAGUGCAGCUCCUGCGCCUGGGUGCUCUUGCGAUGGUUCACAUUUCUCUUAAGUGUUCAUUUUAGUGUAAGAGACACUAAAAUGCGUGGAGUGUGAACUGCAGAAACUUUGUGAAUUCAGCUGAACCGGCCUCGGCAGCGGGGACGGCCGCUGGGCCUGGAGGUGCAGUGGGCCAGGCUGCCUCUGGCUCGCCCCCUGCCUGCCCUGCCUCACCCCAGCCCUCACUUCCUGCCAGUCCCUGAGGUUUUUGAAUGAAGGAAGCGGCAGAUGGCUUUUCUCUUCCAGUGCUGGAAAGAACAAACGUUGAAUAUUUCCUCUGAAUACAUCCAAAUUAUGUCAAGUGCUCAUAUUGUAAGCUCGGGCUCCCACUGUGUCUCCAGGUUUCUGCUGAUGCCCCUGAAAGCAGAAUUGAUAGCUCUGUGGGUACCCUGGAGCCACAGCAGGGACUUUUGUUCUGAGGAGAGCAGGUGUGAAGAUAAUCGCACUCAUUUAAAGUCAUUGGAGGCCUAUGGAGCCUAAUUGGUGUCCUUCAGAUUUAACAGUGUGUCGCCUGUCGUGCUCCUAACUGAUCGCAAGCAUCCCUGGUGGAGCCUGCAGGGGGCUGGACCGCCCUGCGUUUGCCGUGGUGGGGCGCAGCGGGAGUCCCCCCAGAGGGGCACUCUGGGGCCCUGUCGUCUCCGUAGUCACGCAGAGCAACAAAUGCUUCCUGUGUCUGGAAAAGCAAAUUACAUGGCAUUUAUGAUAAAAAUUGAUUUUUCUCUCCGGUUCUAUAAUCUCAUCGUGUAAGACAAGUGGUAAAUGUAAUUUUUAAAUUAUGUAAAGAGAAUUUCCAAGGCUUUGCUCUGGCCCAGUGGGGACACUGGAGUGAGCUCAGAACACUGUCAUGGGCAGCGCGUCAGGGGAGGCAAGGACUGGAGAACGUGGCCUCUGACCACAGCAGUGUCCUGAGAUGUCCCCGUGGGGUUUUGUCUUAGGGGGAUUGGGUUAGGUGCAAAUCAUUCUAAGGGAGCAGAGAAUCUGAAUUAUAUCAGUAAAGUAGGUGGAAGUGAGCGAUUGCAAAGUGCAAUGAGAAUGGAGAAGCAGGUUUUAAGUUUUUCACUAGGGAACCAACAUUAGUUCGUCUAAUCCUUUCCCUGCAAACCUGCCUGGCUGAACGUUGCAGAAAAGGAAGCAAGUGAAGACACAAUGGGACGCUUCAGGGCAGAUAAAUGACAUCGGUGAAUGGUGGGUUCCUUGUUGGUUUGAGAGGCGGAAGCAACGAUUUUUAAAACUCACUCGUUAAAACCAAACAUUCCUAAGUGUACCUGAGAGAUCCAGUUUACUUAUGAAUUAAGGGCUUUUUUCUCAGGCUCUUAGAUUAUGGCUUUCAUGUAAUAAGGAUGAUUUGUAUUUUCAGAAAAAAAAAAAAAGUUGUUUUCAAAUCCAGACCUUUUAAAAAAGAAUGAUUACCUUGUCACUUGACACUUUUCCUGUUUCUAACCUUAGCAGGAUAGCAUUUGACAAAAAUGAUAUUUUAAAUUUACCUUGGACAUCUCUCCCACUCCGUUUUGCUUUGUGACUUCUUCAUUUAACAAUAAAUUAUCUUCAAAAAAAA